CCCUGGACCCUGGCGGGUUUGAGGAGGCACGAGACCCGAGGCAGGCGGGCUCAAGCAGAGCGGACACAGCCCCCUGGACAAGCUUCCCCUGGAGAAGCCAAGGUCAUCCUCCCUGACCUCAGCCUCCUCCCCACACCCGGCUGAGGGGGAGACCCACUUCUGGGCCUCCUUCCGUUCGCAAAGCCACUUCCGGCCCACAAGUCCCCACCCCAGGACCCAGCGCCCUCACGAUGGUGAAGUUGCUGCCUGCCCAAGAGGCAGCCAAGAUCUACCACACCAACUACGUGCGUAACUCGAGGGCUGUGGGCGUGAUGUGGGGCACACUCACCAUCUGCUUCUCCGUGCUGGUCAUGGCGCUCUUCAUCCAACCCUACUGGAUCGGGGACAGCGUCAACACGCCCCAGGCAGGCUACUUUGGUCUUUUCUCCUACUGCGUGGGCAACGUGCUGUCUUCUGAGCUUAUCUGCAAGGGUGGCCCGCUGGACUUCUCCUCUAUCCCUUCUAGAGCCUUCAAGACGGCCAUGUUCUUUGUGGCCUUGGCCAUGUUCCUCAUCAUUGGCUCCAUCAUAUGCUUCAGCCUGUUCUUCGUCUGCAACACGGCCACUGUCUACAAGAUCUGUGCGUGGAUGCAGCUGGCUGCGGCCACAGGCCUGAUGAUCGGCUGCCUGGUCUACCCAGAUGGCUGGGACUCAAGUGAGGUCCGGCGCAUGUGUGGGGAGCAGACAGGCAAAUACACGCUGGGGCACUGCACCGUCCGCUGGGCCUUCAUGCUUGCCAUCCUCAGCAUUGGAGACGCUCUCAUCCUCUCCUUCUUGGCCUUCGUGCUGGGCUACCGUCAGGACAAGCUGCUCCCUGAUGACUAUAAGGCCGACGGAAAAGAGGAAGUCUGAAGCAGCUGGAACAUUGGUCAUCUAUUUCCCUAACAAUGGAAAAAUGAGCGAAUCAAAUUCUUCAGAAAAGUUGUUCCAUGCUUCCCUGUGUCUGCUAGUCUAGGCCUGAAGUCCUGAGCCUUUCAUUAUAGGAUUAGAAACUGACAACAGUUUCAAGAGAAGACCUCUUACUACAUUCGGAAAACUCCAGUGAGGCAGAAAUGCAGUGACCACAUCCAAGAUGUUCAGAGUAAUGGUUUAACUCUCCUGACUAGGAACCCACCUUCUCUUCCUAUCCCUUCACCCCAGCAAGUCGCGUUACCAUCCCGAGGCCUCUCUGUAAAAUGAGAGCAGAAUGAGUCUGUGUCUAGGGUGAGUCCCCGACAGUCUAAUUCACUGAGGAUACUUCUUUGAAAGCACCCAGAAAUUGCCAUCCAGCUCUUAGAGGGCAAUUAAAAAGAGGUGACUGUAACCAUGCUGGAUCGUUUCAGGUUGAGG